AUGUCCCAGAUUCUCUGCCCCACCUUCACUCUCUAUACCCGCAUUCCUCCGUUCCUCCGUCCCUUUCCCUCUCACUACCCCGCCGUCCUCCUUUGCUCCGUCUCUUUCCCUCUCUCUACCCCGCAUCCCUUCUUGGCUUCGUCACUUAGCCUCUCGUUACCCGCAUUCCUCAUUGGCGUUGUCUCGUACCCUCUCCUGACCCCGCAUUCCUCCUCAAGGUGUCAACUUCCCUCUCUUCGCCCACUUCCCUAUGCCCCGCGCUCACCUCUCUCUGCCCCUCCUUCUCUCUCGCUGCCCCUCCUUCCCUCUCGCGGCCCCUCCUUCCCUCUUUACGCCUUGCCUUCCCUCUCGCGGCCCCUCCUUCCCUCUUUACGCCCUGCAUUCCCUCUCGCGGCCCCUCCUUCCCUCUUUACGCCCUGCCUUCCCUCUUGCGGCCCCUCCUUCCCUCUUUACGCCCUGCCUUCCCUCUCGCGGACCCGCCUUCCCUCUCGCGGCCCCGCCUUCGGUCUCUCAGCCCCGAAUUCCUUCUCUCUUCCCCACUGUCCCUCUCUCUGCCUCACUUUCCCUCUCUUUGCCCCACAUGCGCCUUCCUCUGACCCUCAUUCCCUCUUCACGCCCCGCCGUCGCUCCUUCUGCCUCGGAUAUCACUCUCUCUGCCCGUCCUGCAUGCUCUCUGCCCAUCAUUCACUUCGUGCGGCCCCUCCUUCCAUCACUGUGCCCCUCCUUCCCUGCCUCUGCCCCAAAUUCCCUCUUUACGCCCUGCCUUCCCUCUUGCGGCCCCUCCUUCCCUCUAAACGCCACGCAUUCCUCCAUCGCUGCGCCUCCUUCCCUCUCUCUACCCUAGCAUUCCUCCGUUUAUGCGUAUCUUUCCCUCUCCGCCCCGCAUUCCUCCAUCGUUCCGUCUCUUUCCCUCUCUCUACCUGCCAUUCCUCCUUUGCCGCUUACCUCUCUCUCUCAGCGCCCUGCAUUCCACCACGCUACCCCUCCAACGCGGACUCUGCCCCACAUUCCCUGUCUAUUCCCCUCCGGCCAGAGGAAUGUGUUCUUUGCCCCUCCUGCCUGCUCUAUGUCCCGCGAUCACUUAUCUCUGCCCUCCGCCCCUCUCGCCGCCCCGAAUUCCCUCUCUGCCCCACCCUCCCUCUCUCUCUGCCCCACUUUUCCCCUCUAUUCCGAAUCGGGCCCAAUAUCUUCUCCUCAUUCACUUCUAUAUGCCCCUCCUACCCUCUCUCUACCCCGCAUUCCCUCUCUCUGCCCCACUGUCCCCUCUUUCCCCUAUCUCUGCCCCACUGUCCCCCUCCAUUCCCCCCCUUACCUCUCUCUGUCCCCCAUUCCCUCUUCACUCCCCGCCUUCUCUCACUCUGCCCCGAAGUAACUUCUCUCUGCCCCUCCUUCCUUCUCUUUGCCCCGCAUUCACUUCUCUGCCCAUGCUUUGAUCCAUCAGCCCCUCCUUCCCUCUUUAAGCCCUGCCUUCCCUCUCGCGGCCCCUCCUUCCCUCUUUACGCCCUGCCUUCCCUCUCGCGGCCCCUCCUUCCCUCUUUACGCCCUGCCUUCCCUCUCGCGGCCCCUCCUUCCCUCUUUACGCCCUGCCUUCCCUCUCGUGGCCCCUCUUUCCCUCUUUACGCCCUGCCUUCCCUCUCGCGGCCCCGCCUUCCCUCUCGCGGCCCCGCCUUCGGUCUCUCAGCCCCGAAUUCCUUCUCUCUUCCCCAUUGUCCCUCUCUCUGCCUCACUUUCCCACUCUUUGCCCCACAUGCGCCUUCCUCUGUCCCUCAUUCCCUCUUCACGCCCCGUCGUGGCUCUUUCUGCCUCGGAUAUCACUCUCUCUGCCCGUCCUACAUAUGCUCUCUGCCCAUCAUUCACUUCGUGCGGCCCCUCCUUCCAUCUCUGUGCCCAUCCUUCCCUCUGGUUCCCCCUCGAUGCUCCUCUCUCUUGCCCUUAUGA